UGGCCUUUCAAAAAUGUCAUCCUAAAAUUUUGCAGCUAAUCUGAAAAGGAACCGAAUUGGAAACCGAAGUAGGGUUAUUAUUGGGCUUUUGAGAUGAGCGUGAGAGAGAAUCUGGCGCUGCAGCUGGCGGAGUCGCAGCUGGCCAAGCUGACCAGUGACUCGCAGGAGAUCCGUAUGCGCGCGCUUGAGCAGAUUGAGACGCGCUUCAUCCGGUGCCUGCAGCUGGGCGAGCGCAUUCAGUUCAAGCCGGUGCUGAUGCUGAAGCAGCUCAUCCGCUGGUUCGGGUACACUCCACUGGUGGCCGCCGACCGUGUACUAGCCAUGAUCCUAGAGCUGCUGCGAUCGGAGUAUGGCGAGGUAGUGAUCCGCAAGAUUCCCUACGAUCGCCUGAAAACGGAGCUGGAAAAGGUGCGUCGCGUGGUUCGUAGCUUGGAAUCGAGGCAGGUGACGGAACUCUUGGACGACCUGCAAGUGCUGCUUUUGCUGAAGUAUAGAAUAAAACUGGCGUCGCCUGCGGGCUCUAGUGUCAGUUCGAUCAACCUGACCAGUCUGAGCUUGGAAUCCGCGCCAAGCGGUAUCGAACAGAUGCUGGCCAAUCUUCCGUCAGAGGAAUAUGAGCCAGCCUGGACUCGUCCCAUACUGGACGACUUGACCAGCAUGCAGAGCCUGAUUGAAAACACCUCCACUGAUGUCAUCGAGCUGCAGGUGCAGCUGACCCAUCUGACCAUUCGUAUGGGCGACUACCCGGCCGAGUAUCUGCUACAGCCGCCGUUUAUAUUCCUGCAUUUGGUGCAGCUGCAAAACCGUAAGGACGAGAGCAUGCUUCACGUAAACCGGGCACUUAUCACCUGUCUGAAGCAGUUGCAGCGACGCAUACAGAUCCGCCGCAACACUUUGAGCUAUGCGUCCAGCUUGGAUCCUCCGGGUACGCGUCCUAAGCAGCUGAAGGUGGAGAGCGCCUUGGGAGUUUUGUUGGCCAGCUGCACGAAGAUUAUCACCCCGCUCGUGUUUCAGUCAACAGAGCAUAAUUGGCAUAUUUUGGAGCUGUGCGUAGAAACUAUCCGGACAUAUGAAAUUUACAACCAGCGCGUUUCCCCUUUGGGAACUGUGCGUUUUGCACACCUAGUUGACAAGCUACUCACGUACUGCAACAGUCUGGAUGGCAGUGAUAUGGUCAAGUUGGUGGACUCCCUGAUGAUUCCCCGCCUGCAAUCCCUGAUCUUCAACGGGCUGCUACAGGACACGGUGGCCCUGAAUCUCACAUACGACAAACACAUCGAUCGGGGCAAUGCCAAAUCGCUUAUAAAGCCUAUCAUUUUGGACAGUUCCUACUUGUCUUGCGUGCCGGAUCGCAUGAAAUCGCUGAGUAAUCUGAUUUCCGCCCUGUCCUCGGAGCCGUCUGCGGAGGAGCAGCAGUUGAUCACUUUAAAGCGUGCCUACAGCCUUGCCCUAAACCAAUUCCAGCCGAAGACCAGGAUGGGUGCCACGCAACUAGUCCAAAUGCACAGGCAGGUGUGCCUGGUGGUCAACCAACUGGGUAGUGAGACACUGAUCAAGCAACUUUUCAACGCUAUUGUGGAGUGUACGCCCCACUACGCCGAAAAUGCCGAGUUAAAGAAGGAUGCUGAGGCGCUGCUUUACACCCUGAUCGAUUUGCCUGACCAACACCUUCGCGAAAUAGUGUACCGUUUGAUGCCACGACCCGUGGUUUCCCACUUCCAUGCGUUUAUCAACAAGACGGUGUACAUGACGGGCUGCAGCAAUUUGGAGCUGAUCAACCAACGAAUUCUUGGACUGCCAUUAAAUGGACAGCUGUUGCGCAGAAUGAUCCUUGAAAGCUGGGAGGCUGAUGUCCCGGAACAAGUGCGGCAAUGGUGCCUGGACUAUCCCACAAUGCUGCUCAAGCUCCAGUGCUUGAUCGGAGUGCAGGAGUUCCAAACGGUGUUCCAACUGGUGCUUCCUGUGCUGCCGCUGCUGAUCUGCAGAUCGGUCACGCACAAGCAAUUGCACAAGGUGGUUUGGCAGAUGUUUGAUCCAGACACCAGCGUUUUGGAGCCGCCGUUUCUGCUGCGUGGCUACGUAUACUACAUGUUCCAUCCGAAUUGUAAGAUGAGAAAGGAGGCCACGACCAGGAUUGCCUACAUUCUGCAAUUUCAAGACUACACGCACAAAUACAAGUCCACCAUGGACCGGGUGCCAAUUGACAUGCUACCCACUGAUCUCUGUCUGAUCCAACCGCCGGUCAGCUAUAGUAGUAUUUUUAAUGAGUCAACUGAGGAACCUUUUCAGGGCCAACGCAGCUUGGAUGCACUGAUCCGACUGCUCAAGACCACGGACUUGAGGCCCUCCAUCAGAAAGUCCACCAUAACCCAACUGAAUGUUUUGCUUCAGAACUGGAAGGCCUGCGAGGAUUUCUCCACGAAAGAAGAUGGGUAUCGAUUGGUUUUGGAGUCGCUGCACAACUCUUUGAAAAAGGAGUGUGCCAACGACCCGGCAGAAAUUCUGAUUCCCACCGUGAGUAUCUUGAUGAGGCUGUUGUUCCACAGCGCUGGAUUCCGUCAAGAGAUUUCAAACACCUUUGAAGUUUACGUGUGCCUGCUUCGCGCAGUGUUCCUGCUUCCCCACGAGUCACAGAUGCGCCAAGAUGUCAGCAUUUGCCUGUUCCAGAUGCUAUUUCAAAACUUCAUCACCUCCACUGAGGACAAAUUAGUGUUGGACGUAGAACUGGGCGCCAUGGUUCUGCCGGUGACAUACGAAGUGGAACCCACAGCGACGCAUACUGCAGCCUGGGAGGGACUGGCCCUGCAGAAACACCUGCUUGAUACCCACUUCGGAAGAGACCAGGUCAACGCUGCCCAGCAUUGGCGACUGUAUACGGCCCAUCGCGUGUGCCAGUGUCCAGCCAGCAUCACUUUGGAAUCUGUGCAGGGCCUCGACAUCAGGGAGUCCCUCAAGAUACAGGUGGCUGACCUGGCCUUGGUUCAGGCCUCCCACCCGGACGUACAGUUGGGUCGCCAGCUCACCGCGGCCGAAAACUGCAGCAGCCACGAGGAUCUGCAACGAAUUGUGAACCUCGUCCAACUAUUCCUUGUGCUUAUGCGCAACGGGGUUCCGGCAACACUGGGCGAAAGUCUUUGGAAUUUGAUUCACAAAUACAUCCGCUUGGCUCCGGGCAACGAUGCGGAUCGAGAGCUGUACAAGUCCCUGCUGGAAUUGUGCCUUACUUGUCUGCGCUUCAACCAGCCCCAGGUGUUGGAAGGACUACGCGAAGCUCUCGAAUCGGACCAUAAUCACAGCUUUCAUCUUAUGCUGCACGAUCGUCUCAUUCCUCUGGAGGUUCUUCACCUUAUUAGCCAGUGCCUCACACACUUGCUCUCCUCCGAUGCCGAAAGGGCUCCGAUGAACUGGCACGGAACGCUGUUUAUUCAGCUUACUCUUUUGACCAAGACCCACUUCGACUUGCGUCAGCUACAGCACGUGCGAUGCAUGCUCCGUAUUUUGCGGCUUCUUAGCGAGCGGGAUCUUAAGCUCAACGAUGCUAGAAUGACGCAAUAUUGCCAUCUCUUCAUUCAGCUGUCCAGUGAUCUUCGGACUUCUACGCAGACUGGAGCCCAGUGGCAGCGGGAUUGCCUUCAUAUCAUCUGCCAGCUUCACUUGCAUCACACUCAUCUCUUACCAAAGAAUAGUACAUUGCAUGAGGUGGGUUUGAUGGAGAAGAUUUUGCGCUAUUUGCUCGGAUUAUGCGGUCACAGCGAUGGAGAAGUUCGUGCCCUGUCCUGGGUUUUGAUGGCCAAUUGGAUCACUAGCGGUGCUCCCAACAUGCCGAACAUUCUGCCCCGAUUGGACUUUCUUCCCGGUGGAUUGCCAGCCUGUUGUUUGACCACGCUGUUGGAUGUCCACGAACAAAUGUUGGUCAGAGUGUUAGCUGGCCGCGUAUUUAUCUUGCUGAUGCCCACCAUUGGCGCUGAGGCUAGCAUCAAGUUGCUGCGGAAUCAUGACUUCUUGAGGGACGCCUACAAUGCCGUAAAAGGCCUGCACGUUACUCCCUUGCUGGCGAAGGAGCCGGUGGGGGAGCAACACUCGUGUGAGAUACUAAGCUGCUACAUCGCCAUCUGCACCAAUAUGGUGAUCAUCAAGCCCGAGUGGUGUGCUACGCUGUGCGGUCACAGCUUUAUGAGCGGACUCAGCGAUGUGAUGAAGACGCCGCCGCCACCGGUGUCCUUCUCGGUAUCCUUCCUGGAACUGUGCGCCGGACAGAUAUGUGAGUUGUACGCCUUGUGCCAUCGCGAUAACUUCGGGUUCCUUCAAAAAACCAUCUGCCGGGAUUCCGUUUUGCUGCAGAGCUUUCUGUCGCUGGCAAACGAAGUGCUCGAUCUGGAGAGCCCCGAGCGCUUGCUAGUUCAACUAUUCAAGAUGUUCCUGGUGUUCUGCAAGGAUCAAAAUUCCUAUGCCUUUUUAGUCGAGCAGCUGAAGAGUCAGCCAGCAUUGUUUCUGGAUUUUUUCCUGUACGGACUGCAUUUGCAAUACGCAAGCACUCCCUUUCAGCGCUACACCCUCUCAACCUUAUCAAUGGUGUUUAUCAAGUCGCAGUCUGCUCCCGAUAAAAACAAUUUGCUCAGGGAGUUGGAACUGUAUUUGCUGCCAUUGAGUGACCUUCUGCCAAUUGAAGAAGAGGAGUUGGUGCUAUGUGGCAGGAAUGAAAUAAUUACCAUGAAUAAGCAACUCAUAUCGAUAUGCGCAAACACCGAUGAGGCUAGCGACCAGAGUCCGAGCUCUGGUGUGAAAACCACCAACGCGGCUGUGCUGAUUUAUUACCGCCUGGAUCGCCUCUUUGAUUAUUACUAUUCUCCUAAGACCUUUAAUUUUCUGAAAAGCCCUGGCGUUGGUAGUGUGCAGACUUGCGAGAAUCUCGGAGGAUUGUUAAAGCUUUCUCCUUGGGCCGUGCAUGCGUCUAGGAAACUGAAGUUACUGGAUCGAGUGGUUAAUCUUCUGGAAACCUUUCUGAACGACGCAAACAUCGGUAACGCCAGCGUAUAUGUGAAGCGAGUGGGAGCCCACAAAUCAAAAGAUAUCCUAAGCAAUCUACUUUUGCUGAUUAACAUGUUGUGCCACUGGCACAGUUCGCAUCACGCCGUCAUUACAAAUCCCGCCAUGGCUGUCACAAUCGUCCGAAUCCUUAUCCGCAUGUGGCCGUGGUUGUCUCACUCGCCGCACUUGAAGAUGGUCACCAUUCAGCUAGCCAUGUUCUUGACCGAGCACUCCUUUGAGAUGUGCAAACAGACGUCGCUGGUGCUUCCCGGGCAAUCGCAUUCUCUGCUCCAGUUGAUGGUUCGAGUGGCUGAUUUUGAGACAACCAGAAAGGAGACCCCGACUAAGGAACCCUAUAGCUGUGUGCUGCCCGCCCUGAGGGUGAUGAGCAACUGCUGCUCCUGUGCCGAUGGUCGACUGAGUCUGACCAAAAUGCACGUGCUGGAUAUGUUUGACAUAAUCCUCCCGGCAAAUCAUACUUCUACCCAGGCAAACAGAGUGCGGCCAACGGUUCUGAACGCUUGGCUUGGAUUCUGGGAGGUGUAUUCCCGGUACGAUGUGGGCGGCAAAACUUGUCACCUUCAGGCUCUCAUCAACGCAGUUCCACGGUCGCCGCCAUUGAGCAAAAAGAGGAUCCUGUGCCUUCGGAUCCUUCGCAACAUGUGCUUCUUUAAUGGGAAUCGCGCCCAGCUGGCGGAACAGGCCGAUUUCAUCAACAUGCUGCGUGAUAUUCUGGUCCAAACAGUUAAGAAGGGACCAAAACCCACCGAAGACACUUUGAACUCAUUCGAGGAGCACCGCUUGGCCGUCCUGAUGGUGUGGAAACUCUUCUGCUUCGGGGCCAAGUACAAGGGAAUUCUGCGGGGCACCAAGCUGUUAAAAAUACUAUCCGGUCUCCGCGCGGAGUUCUCAACGACUUCUGCGGAGCAAACCAACGAAUUCGCCGACAUUCCUUUUGCAGCAGAACUCGCCGAGUUGCUGGAAAAUCUAAUGGAGUCGAUGCGACAAUAGACUUAGACAAUGGACAAAAACUGACCAAGUACAAAUAAAUAGGAUAGCUAUAACAAAAUAUUUUUUUUUAUAAUUUGUAUUAGUCUUUUGUAAUCGGACUUAUGAUAUAAUUAUGAAUCGAUGUACUUAAAAUAAUCGCUUAUGUAAAAAUGUAUACCAUCUCACUUGUUGUAAGAAGUCUAAAAGAGUUCUAAGUCUACACGAUGUCCUUAAAUAAAGAAAUUAAAUAUUUUCGCAGGUUUAUAAACUGCAAAUUGAUCCUCGUAUCACAAAACUAAUUUAAA